GGUUCCUCUCCUGAAGAGCUGGUGCAAGCCUGUCUAGGUCCCACAGCAACAGGAGAGGUGUCUGGUGCCAAAUUUCAUUCUGCUCUUCAAGAGAUCUACGCCCAGAAUGGGUUGGUAGAUCGCGACUUUGUCAACAGUGCUCCACAUCACUUCAACUCUGAGGCUUUCUUGGAGGGGCGGAGCCUAAUCACACAGGGCAUGGUGGCCAUUAAAGCUAACGUUCACAAUGAGAAUUUUCAGGCUGCAAGGACAACACUGGGUAGAGCCCUUCACACACUACAGGACUUUUACAGUCACAGUAACUGGGUUGAGCUGGGGUACACAAAGCCAUACAGCAACCUCAUAAACCCAGGCCUCCCUCUGGAUAACCUGGCAG